UGCUUAUGUGGUGAUGGCUCAUCAAGCACUCUGGCAGAACAUAUUGUAUUUUCACACGACCUUCUGUGUGGAAGCUGAAGAACUUAGCCAUGUUCUCUUGCCCCACCGGGAAUGGCGGUCUCUGCUAAAACCCCAUCCAACCCUCUACUUACCACAUGCUUCUUUCCCCUCCCCUUCAAAUUUCAGAGACCUACAAUCCUCAACCUCUAUGCCAAUCGAAUCAAAUCCCAUAUCGCUCUCAAAAACGCCAAAGAGCUCCACGCUCUCACCCCAAACUCGAUAUCAAACCCCACGUCUGAUCUGAACACCGAAAUUAGCCGUCUUUGCCUCAACGGGGAUCUUGUGGAGGCAUUGCAACUCCUGAACGCAACAGGAAAAGCUGCUUUAGAAGAGGACACCUACAUCGCACUCAUACGGCUGUGUGAAUGGCGGAGAGCAGCUCCAGAAGGCUCCCAAAUUUACUUCCAUAUCUCUUCUUCAAAUACUCCUUUGAGCCUUCGACUUGGAAAUGCGUUGUUAAGCUUGUUCGUUAGGGUUCAUGAACUCCUUGUUGCUUGGACAGUGUUCGGAAAAAUGGUUGAAAGAGAUGUUUUUUCUUGGAAUAUAAUAUUGGGCGGGUAUGCAAAGGCGGGUUUCUUUGAUGAAGCUUUGAAUUUGUAUUACAGAAUGCUGUGGGUUGGGGUCAGGCCUGAUCUAUAUACUUUUCCCUGUGUACUGAGGACCUGCGGUGGUGUUCCAGAUUUGGUUAGAGGGAAAGAGAUUCAUGCUCAUGUGAUUAGGUUUGGUUUUGGCUCAGAAGUCGAUGUUUUAAAUGCUUUAAUAACCAUGUAUGCCAAGUGUGGUUAUUUUGAUCAUGCUCGUAAAGUGUUUGAUGAUAUGCCUGUCAGAGAUUGCAUUUCUUGGAAUGCUAUGAUAUCCGGGUAUUUUGAGAAUGGUGAACAUUUGGAAGGUUUGAAUCUGUUUUUGAUGAUGCGAGAUCUUUCUGUGGAGCCGGAUCUGAUGACGAUGACGAGCGUAAUUUCUGGUUAUGGGUUCCUUUCUGAUAAAAAACCAGGGAGGGAGAUGCAUGGAUAUGCUAUAAAGAAGGGUUUCGGCGUCGACAUCUCGUUUUUCAAUUCACUAAUUCAGAUGUACUCAAAUUUCGGAAGCUUGAUGGAAGCUCAAAAACUAUUCUUGAGGAUGACUUCUAAGGAUGUGGUUUCCUGGACCGCCAUGAUUUCCGGUUUUGAGAAGAAUAGAUCCCCAGAAAUGGCUUUAUAUAUGUUUGAACAGAUGAAGGCAGAGAAUGCAACUCCUGAUGAGAUCACCAUAGCGAGUGUACUCUCUUCAUGUGCUUCCUUGCGACGUGUAGAUGUUGGGAUUGAGCUGCAAGAGUUGGCAAGAAAGAAUGGCCUAAUGCCAUAUACUAUCGUUGGGAAUACCCUUCUUGAUAUGUAUUCCAAGUCAAGUUGUAUUGACAAAGCUGUAGAAAUAUUCAAGUUAAUGCCCGAGAAGGAUGUGAUAUCUUGGAGUUCUAUCAUAUCGGCAUUCCGAAUAAACCACAUGAGCUUUGAAGCUUUGACAUUCUUUCGCCAAAUGCAAGUUGAUACAAAACCCAACUCCAUUACACUUAUUGCAGCUUUAUCAGCUUGCGCUGCCUUAGGAGCUCUGAUGUGUGGGAAGGAAAUCCACGCACAUGCUCUCAGAAGUGAACGGGCUUUGCAGGGCUUCUUGCCAAAUGCCAUUUUAAAUCUUUAUGUAAAGUGUGGAAAGACUGAAUAUGCUUUGACACAAUUCAAAUUACAUGAAAGGAAAGAUGUUGUCUCAUGGAAUAUAAUGUUGAGUGGAUAUAUAGGGCGAGGGCAAGGGCAUGGAGAUCUUGCAAUUGCACUCUUUUGCAAGAUGGAAGAGGACGGGAUCCAACCCGAUGAAGUCACAUUUGUGGCUCUUUUGUGUGCUUGUAGCAAAUCUGGAAUGGUGAGCCAGGGAUUGAACUAUUUUGGCAGCAUGAGUGCAAAGUAUGGCGUUACUCCUAAUCUUCGACAUUACGGUUGCAUGGUGGACUUACUUGGUCGUGCUGGGCAUUUGGAAGAAGCUCACAAAUUCAUUCAGGAUAUGCCUAUCAAGCCUGAUGCAGCUAUAUGGGGAGCAUUGCUAAAUGCUUGCAGGAUCCAUGGCAAUAUCGAGCUUGGUGAACUUUCUGCAAAGUUUAUCUUUGAGAAAGAUUGUAAGAGUGUUGGGUACUAUAUGCUCUUGUGUAACUUAUAUGCAGAUAAUGGCCUGUGGGAUAAGGUGGCAAAGCUCAGGAAGUUGAUGAAAGAGAGGGGGCUAACGGUAGAUCCUGGGUGUAGUUGGGUGGAAGCAAAGGGGACAAUUCAUGCUUUUUUAAGUGGAGAUGAGUCGCAUCCACAAAUGAAGGAGAUUAAUGCAGUUCUAACUGGGUUAUACGAUAGGAUAGAGGAAGCUAGUCUUGAUGGAUUCGAAGAUGAUAUUGAAGCUUCAAAAGCUGAUAUUUUUUGUGGGCACAGUGAGAGAUUGGCAGUUGCUUUUGGUCUAAUUAGUAGUACUCCUGGCACACCCAUUCAGGUUACAAAAAAUCUGUACAUGUGUAGAAGCUGUCAUCAAAUAGUUAAGUGGAUAUCAAAGAUUGUGCGUAGGGAUAUUACUGUGAGGGAUACUGAGCAGUUUCAUUUCUUCAAAGAUGGGAUAUGCUCUUGUGGAGAUGAGGAAUAUUGGGGAAGAAAUAGUGGCUGAGAAAGUUGACAAGAUGAUCUCUAUAGCGAUAAUAAUGUUACGCAGAUCCCUUAAGUACAGUGAAGGGAGUGUGAAAAAAAGGAUAGGCAUACAGUGCAGAUAAGGUUGACAAUCCCAUUCAUUGAUGCUGUUUUUGGCAGUUUCAGUCAAGGUGCUGCAUGUCAAAGAACUGCAAGAUGUACAAAUCAUCAAGUAAAAGGAUGAAAAUUACUGAUGUUACAUUAUUUAAGGUGUAUUUUAUUAAAUUUUACUCUUUAUUAGCUGAA